UUUCAGUAGAAGGUCAAAGGAAUGUCAACAGGAAAAAUUACUGGGAACUGACCGAGCAGAUAAUCGUCAACAAUGGUUGCACCAUUUGUAAAAUACAUUGCUUAUCGAGGCAUAUUGCCGUUGUCGCUUCUUUUUGCGGCAUUCAUACGGCCAUGUUUCAUGUCGAUUGGAUAUGUGAUAUUCGCACUACUUAGUCCUAUACUACCGUCGAUUCAUGCUGCAUUACCGUUACCAGGCAGUAUACGAGUAUACUCAUGGGCAUGUCUGCUGUACUGCUUUCUGACAACCGUGGCCAUGUCAGCCUAUCAGAUCUAUGAAGCUGUUCAAAACCGAAGUGAAAAGGAGUACAUCAAGCACUGCAAUGACUCGGACCUGCGAUGGCUGCGUUACGCUGGAUUAGUAAAAUUCCAUGGAGGAGAGGGUUUUGAAUCAACCAACACAAUCCUUCCGGAGAUUGCAGCAUUUUUUGCAUCUGUCAUCUCUUUUGUAAUUGUUGCUGUACUUCCACACAGAAGGGAGAAUUUGGAUGUGGUUGGUCCAGUUCGACCAGUGCGCAUGGAAGAAAAUGGUAGCAACGUGAAAGGUAUCGGCACCAGUUCGUUGGUGAUUGCUUUGAAGAGAUUCUCAAAUUUUGCUAUAAUUGUAUUGUGCGCAAUAGUUGGAUGCAUACAGCCAUCACUUCUCAAUAUCGUUUACUUCUUGUCUUUCCUUUUUGUGGCCAGCUGGUGGGCACUUUACAAACCCUUACGACAUGGUGUCUACAACAAAGUCAAAAAGUUUCUCCUUUUCUUCGCUGCACUGCAUAUACUAGUAAUUUAUAUCUAUCAAAUCCCAAUCAUACAGCAGCUUUUACCAGGAAGUUCCAUUAUAGCGAGAAUCAUUGGUCUGUCACCAAUAAUGCUAACGGACUGCUCGUCAUGGUACACGUUCUGGUUCAAUUUGGACCUACAGUUACCGGCAAUAUUGAAUCCCAUGGCUGUAUUGGUUUUCUAUCACGCCUUAAUGGUGCAAUUAUUAUGGACUUACAAUGGUAGCCGAAAUUAUGUAGAUGAUAACGACGGCGGAUCGUCUGUGCAUGAAGAGCUGCUAACCCCUCAAGAAGGGGAAGACGUGGAUAAUGGACAUUCUAUCCCGCUCCGAAAGGUCACCUCACAGAUUGUGGACAGGCACAAGAUUGGUCAGAUUUUCGGAAGUCAAAAUCAGGCGGUGAAUGUGGCAUCUCAAGGAAUGGUUGCGAUUAUAUCUUUUGCCCUUUAUCAUUCUUAUACUUUUGCGUUAUUGUCGAUGAUGGUGUGGGCCCUUUUGUACCAUUCCAUUUUUGGACUGAUUCUUCUUGUGCUGAGUUGCACCCUUUGGGUGUUCAAAGAUUCACGUGGAGCUUCAUUCGCCAUGGCACCAACCAUCAUGGUUUACGUAGAGUUUCUCCUAUUGGUCCAGUAUUUCUGCAGCAUGAACAUAACCAAGGAAGAGCUGAAUCUGCCCGAUUGGUUGAAAAUGGUCGGUAUCGUGAUUGCGGCAAAUAUGUGGGCAGCGUUUGUCACCCUUACCGUCAAGCUCCUGCUCAGCCUACCUGUGUUCCUGCUAUUGCGCUUGAGCAUCCGUGAAACCUUCUACAAUAAUCUAAGCGAACAUGAACGAGCUCGUCGCAUUCAAAACUACGGCACAUUCACCGGUGAUCCCCGUGUAUUAGUAAGAACCCCGGCUGGAAGUGACGUGGCUGCAGAUUUUGUACAUUGGCUAUCGAAACAGAUCACAAAGUGUUCGAUAUUCUUUGUAGCGCUAGUUUUGUUGCUAGUAGCGUGUCAAUCGAAUCCUGUUCUCUAUACGAUAGGAUUCUUCUGCAUAUGGUCGUUGCUUAUUAUAUACUUUAAGACUAGUUUUGGAUUUUUCUGCCGAAUCGCAUAUCCAUUCUGGUUGAGCUUGAUAAUUUACACAUCGGUGGUGAUUAUCUCGCUUUACGUCUAUCAGUUUCCAGAUUUCCCUGACGUCUGGACGAAGUGGACGGGCUUGGACAAGAAGUGGAAUGACGACAUUGGUCUGAUCAAUUACAGUAACGCUGGCGAAUCGGGUACACUCUUCGUUCGACUUUUCACACCGAUUUCAUUAUUCGUGGUCACUAUGCUGCAACUGAAGUUUUUCCAUGAACCAUGGCUAGCUUUGGUCCGGCGAGGCCCAUAUGAGCAAGAACCAGGAACCUCGCAAGCAACUAUAUCUGCAAAACUCGUUCGAUGGAUAAAUAAUCUGAUCGAUCUAAUAUGGCGAUUUACGGAAGUACAUAUCGCAAAAAUUGUAUUCAUUGUUGUUGCCGUAUUCGCAGCCAAACAUAUAUGUGCUCUAUACGUUCCACUGGUAGUUUUGGUCAGUUUGGCGCUGUUGCUGCCAUCUGCUGUUUCAUGUAUUCUCAGCUUAGUAAUGUGUUCCUAUUUAUGUGUAGUCGCUGUAGUAAAAAUGAUUUAUCAGCUGAGCCACUUCCCAGAUUUAAGUUUUGUAAAUAACGGUGAAGUGUGUAAUGCCACUAAAACAUUCCCUGAAUGGAUUGGAAUCAGAAAGGAAACCAAUACAUGGCAGCUACUUGGUGGUAUGGUUGUAGCCAUAAUAGCAUUAGCGCUGCAAUCUGUCGUAGUUUAUCGGCAACGACAUCAUCGACGGGUACGAGGAAUUCCAGAAUCAAGCUCAGAUCGUGUGUUCCCAUCAUUCCAAUUUGACGAUUUCGAUCGCAGCAUGACUGAUUGCUUGAAGUUCAUUGUUGACUUUGGAUUUUACAAAUUCGGCUUUGAGAUUUGUAUGAUAAUGAUGGGUAUAAACGCAUGGGUACGAAUGGAUAUGCUUGGUGCUGUUAUGUGCGUAUGGUUAGCAGUUUUUGCGCUGAACAAGAGAUCGGUUUGUCGCAAACUCUGGUACAUCUUCUUAAUAUACCUUGCCAUACUGUUUCCGCUACAAUAUGUCGUAUAUGUUGGAUUACCAGAGGAUAGUUGCCUGGCCUAUCCAUGGGAUCACUUCUUUGGUGAACCAAGUAGUUCGACAAAAAAUGUCAACUUUAACAUCUGGAUGGGUUUGGCUAACUAUGCUGUGGAUUGGCCUGCUGAGAAUCUCAUCGCCGACUUUUUCUUAUUGUUGUUAGCAUCGUGCCAGAUGACCGUUUUCCGAACCGAAGGCAAUGACAAUGAUAGCAUCUUUGUCAAUGAAGAUUAUUCGCUCAAGCCAAACAAUCCUCGCUAUGAUUUUAUUGCUACCCAAAGAAGCUUCGUCGAUUUCAUUAAAAUAGGCGUUUUUCACUAUGGACAUUGGGUGACGCUAAUUAUGACUCUAGUAGCGGGUAUAGGUGGCACAUCGCUGUUUGCUUUGGGUUACAUCAUGCUGACAUUCUGGAUCCUGUGGAAGGGCAACAAUCUAUAUGUGAUGAAUGCUCAUACAAAUAGUUUCAAGAGCACAUUAGCGAAAUGGAAAACUUUGUUGUCAUAUACGGUAUUUUGCAUGUUUUGCAAAGUUGCGUUACAGCUCGUUGGUUGUGUGUUCUUGGAGUGGUUCUUUGAUGGUGGAGGAAUACACAAGUCGAUGAGAUGUACGAUUAGGCAACUGUUCAGUAUCGUUUGCGUAAACACCGUUAUGCAAAAAAGAAAGGAGGCUGGAGCAGGACCACUAUUUCCAUAUGAAACUGAUUUGGAUCGGACGUGCUCGGUGAUACCUCAAGAAGCACAAAUCGGCUUUGAUGUCAUAGCCCUAGCGUUCUUGGUAUUCCAAAUACGCGUCUUCCAUUCAUGGUUCUUCCAACACUGUAUGGUCGAAUACCGUUCUGAAAUUAUCUUGGCGAACAGAGGAGCUGUGUUGAAAAAUCAGUUGAUUGAGAAGGAAAUGAAGGAACAAAAUGAACAACAAUCGGCGAAAUUCGACGAAAUUCGCAAAAGAACAGCAGCGAUUCGUGAGAGAUACAAUAAGCAAAUGGAAAAAGGCGAAAGCAUUCUCGACCCACAAACUUAUGCGCAAGCUCAUCGAUACUACGAAGAUGAAGACGAAAUGGAUGAGGAGGAUUUUUUCCGAUUCUACUACGAGGCUCCAUCGGAUAUGGAAGAGACUAUGCGCAUACCCCCGGCAAAACGUGCUGGAGAUUACUAUAUGUUUGACUAUGAUCCAUCUACGGAUGAGUUAGUCAAGCCUGUGGAAAGCUUUGUACCUGAACCAACCCCAGGAGCUACAAAGUUCGAAAAGCUGGAUCCAGGACAGUUGGUUUAUGCUGCUACUGGCCAUGAUUUGGAUUUGGCUAAGACCUUGGAACAGGUAAGAGAAGCCGAAAAGAUGAAAACAAAUGAGGAUCGAAUGAUUGAAGCGAUGAAUAAGGAAUAUGAAACACCUGCUGGAACUCCUCCAUCUACUGCCGUUGAACCCUCAACGGAUAUCGCAGCGCCACCUCAGCAGCAACAAGAAUCUAAAGUGGCUGCAUUCUUCAAAUUCAUGUUAAAAAUGGCAGUAAAUGGACUUGAAAUGCUCAGCGCCUAUUUGAACCGAUUAUCCAGAGAGCAUAGAUAUGUGGCAUAUGUGCUGAAGAAGGAGAAGGAAAAGUUGAAGGAGGGCCAUAGUGAGUCGUUAUCCGACACAUCGAGAAAAUUGACCGACGUGAGGAAAGGAUUGGACAUGACGAAUCUGCUAUUGGUCCAAAGCGAGGGCGAUAUUCAAAGGAUGGAAUCUGCGGCUUUGACAGACUGGCAACAACGAUCUGUACUGGCUAAAUUCGUGAACGCCGUUGGCAGUUUCAUCGCAGCCAACACUGAUCUUCUUUGUUACCUGCUGGCAGUUCUUGCACAUGCUAGUGGUGCAGGAAUUAUAACCCUUCCAUUGCCAUUAAUGGUCUUCUUCUGGGGAACGCUCUCAAAUCCGAGGCCGAGCAAGUUCUUUUGGGUAGCAAUGAUAGCGUACACUGAGUUUGUUAUUGUGACAAAAUUCAUCUGUCAGUUUACUAUCUUUGAUUUCAACAGUAUAUCUACUCAAUCAAAACAAGCCGCUGAUCCACUGACACCAGAAAAGGUCCUUGGCGUCCAAAGGCAGAAUAAUUUUGCUGCUUACGAUGUACCAUUGCUCUUCGCUCUCUUCUUCCAUAGAUACAUGCUGAGAAAGUUGGGACUAUGGAAGGAUGCGAAUUUGACCGUAACGUUCCAGGAUCCAGCUGUGAACGAGGAAGAGGUUUAUCUCGAAGAUGCAACCCAACGAAGUCAAGCUGGUGGAAAAUCAUCAAAUGGAAACGCCCAAAGAUCACCCGAGCAGCUCAGAUCCGACAAAACUGAGAGAACUGCAUCGGAUGCUAGCAGUAGCGAGGAACGUUUGGAAGCUGGAAAGAACGCGCCAGCCUCAUCUGUCACCACCACUGAUGCACGGCCAGUGAAUCCGGAUACCGCUGGAAAUCCGAUCACUCGCUUUAUUAAGCAGCUAUUUAGACCAAAGUUCAGAUAUAUCAAAGAUCUCUAUCCGAUCAUGUUCGGCUUGGAUGUGGUUGCAUUCUUGAUAAUCGCCUUUGGGUAUUCGUCAUUUGGUGAAGGCAGCUCAGGAAAUGUACUGGGAGAUAUACAGUCCAACCGCAUCCCGCUAACGUUUGUUGUGAUGCUGAUAGUGAUGACCCUUUUGAUCGUUAUUGAUCGUGGCUUAUAUCUUCGUAAAUGGGUCCCUGGAAAACUUGCUUAUCAGUUCCUCAUCGUCAUCUUCCUGCAUGUAUGGGUAUUCUUUGUGCUGCCAUCGCUUACUAGGAGAUCGGCAAUGGAGAACUCAGUGGCCAGAAUGUUCUACAUAGUGAAAUGUUUGUAUCUACUGGUAUCAGCUUGGCAAAUCCGUAACGGUUAUCCACAGCUGUGUAUAGGAAAUCUGCUCACUCACGCCUAUGGCCUAUUCAACAUGAUUUGCUUCAAAAUAUUCAUGGCAGUACCGUUCCUCUUUGAACUGCGAACUGCCAUAGAUUGGACGUGGACGGAUACUUCUAUGCCACUCUUUGACUUCUUCAACAUGGAGAACUUCUUUGCUGUGAUAUAUAACUUGAAAUGUGCAAGAAUGUUUGAGCAGAGCUAUCCAGUGCCAAGAGGUAUUCCGAAAGGUGCUAUAGUGAAGUAUAUGAUGGGUUUGCCAAUGAUCCUACUAAUUAUAUUCUUGCUUUGGUGCCCCUUGCUAGCUUUUUCGCUGCUGAAUCGGAUUGGCGCUAUAUCCAUCCCGGAAAAAGUGCGAAUGACUCUGCAAUUGGAAGGUUAUCCGCCAAUUUACGAGAUCGAAUCGCAAGGAGCAGAGUUACGUUCGAUGCGUCCAGAUGAAAUGAAGUAUCUAACCGAUGCAAUGAGCAAGAGGUAUUCCCCAUAUUCGAACGGUACAGAUUCUAUGAAACGUUCUCGGGAUAGCGUGGCAUUUUUGAAAGAAUACAGCCCAAGUGAUGUACUGGUGAUCAACUUACGUCCAGAAUCAGAAGUUCCAUGGGGAAUAUCCGGCGAGUCGCUGGAUGCGCUGAUUGAGCAGCUGAAGGGAAAUUCGUCUAUCAAUUUUAUCGUGACGAUAGAAGUAACACGGCCAUACGAUGCGGGUAAGAAAGCAGCUGUGAAACAUUCGGCCAUAUACUCGCAAGAGAUACAAUGGAACUCAACAUUGCGAACGCAGUGGAUCAACAUACUCAACAAUCCAGGAUCUGGAGAAACGGUUUCUAUGACUGAAGCUUUCCCCAGCUAUCUGCUUGUUCCCAGCGAAGGCGCGGCCAUCUUGCCCACUCCAUUAGUGGCAACGAUACAGUUGAAUCAAGAUAAUUAUCAAAGACCAGACAAUGCUAGCGAUAAGGAUUGGUUUGAUACGCUGAAACUAUCGCUGGUCAACACAUCAGCAGGAGGUGUUUGGGUGGUUGAAGCACAGCAUCCUUCCCAGUUUACCAAUGUGUACUUCAAUGCGUCCAAGAUUACGUAUGGAACACAUCGAGACCGUACUUACGUGCAAACAAUCGCAUUUGUGGACAGAGCUUUCCCGAACAUCUUUGCAAAAUACCUCCAGGACGGUGUGAUAGCGAUGUAUGUGACUGUGGUGAUCGUCGCUGGUCGAGUAAUUCGUGGAUUGUUCAUGUCGUCACCGACAAGUGUAAUGAUCACCGAAAUUCCAAAUCCUGACUUCUUGCUCAAAAUUUGCCUGGAUAUCUAUCUUGUACGGGAAGCUAAAGAUUUCUUCUUGGAACAGGACCUAUUUGCUAAACUGAUCUUCUUGUUCCGAUCACCGUCCACAUUGAUACAAUGGACGCGAUACAAAGCAAAACGAGAUUAACCUCCUAAAUUCAUCGCGGAGCUCUCGUAACACUGUCAAUCUUUACCUUUUCCAUAGGUAUUAACUCAAAGCCAUAUCAUCAUUCAUUUGUUGUAUAAUAUAUAUUUCUCAUGAAUUUGUUGCUUUUUCUCUUGUUGUUUCAAUUGACUUUCAGAUUUUCUUGUUCUUUCUAAUUCAACUAUUUUCUCAAAGUUUUCCGUUGUACCAGUGACAGAUCGGUAUCUGUAUGCUUGCCUUUUUGUGAUGAUUUGUAUUGUUGAACACUCACAUGAUCUAACAAUCUAACAACGACUUUUGUAAAGUUAACCUCCAUUUCAUCCUCCUUGACCGGGUACUGCUACAUAUGUUGACUGUAGCCACACCCCAUAAUCAUGCAACGAUCCAUGCAGGACCAGUUACAGUUUUAGAGCCUGUCGUUUUAUGCUUUCUGACAAUGUGUCACAUUCUUGACGAGUCAUGCCUAUCUGUUCGCUUUUACAUAAUAAAUUUUGUUCUUUUUGGGAUAGAUC